AUGUCCGACAAAGAAUUCUCCUCCAACGAGGAUCUCUCCCUCCCCAAGGCGACCGUCCAGAAGAUCAUCACCGAAGUCCUCUCACAGCUCUCCAGCGUCGGCGGCAAAGAAGACAAAGACGCGCACCAGACCAUGACCAAGCCCGCGCGCGACAUGCUCAUCAACUGCGCGCUCGAGUUCCUCCGCAUGCUGUCCUCGGAAGCCAAUGACAUCUCCGAGCGCGAGUCCAAGAAGACCAUCUCCCUGGAACACAUCGAGACUGCACUCACGGAGCUGGGUUUCGGGGAGUACAUUCCCGGGUGCAGGGAGGUGGUGGAGGAGUGGAAGGAGACGCAGAAGAAGCGCAUCGAUCGCGGCGAGAGGAUGAAAGGCUUCGGCGGUGCGAAGGACUUGGGUGAGGACGAGCUGCUAAGGAUGCAGCAGGAGUUGCUGGGGCAGGCAGGGCAUAGUGCGUCGUAG